CAAGUUUAAACAAAUAGAGAUACUGGACUGACCAAGGGCUAUGUUGUCGCUGUAAACAACCUCAGAGUUUCCAGUUUUCUUGCCACACAGGUACACCGAGGAGCUCAGAACAAUAGUGCUCUUAGGUGUAGGAGAAUCUUAAUGUCAGCAACAUGGGGCAUCAGGUGAUCAUAUUAGACUUUGCGGCCAUCAGAGGAAUGUGGGAGAUUCGGGUUAAGAAGCACAAAGAACGGGAAAAAAAGGAGAAGCAACGAAUAGCCCAAAGCGCAUUAGAAAAGAUAAGACAAGAAUGGGACAUUAUCCUAGAGUGCAGAAGAAAUGGCAUUCCACAAGCUGCAUAUCUGAAUAAUGGUGUCGUAGAUACUAACAAAAUUUUGGACAAGGUUGAAAACAACUCGCCGCUCAUUAAGAAGAUUGCCUUGUUGAAUGAAACACAGAAAGAAAGAAACAAAUUCAUUUUUCAACUUUCAGGAGAACACUGGACAGAAUUUCCAGAUUCUCUGAAAGAACAGACACAUCUAAAAGAAUGGCAUAUAAGCAAUACUAUGAUCACAACCAUUCCAGCCUAUAUUGCCUUAUUUCAGGAGCUGAGAGUACUAGAAUUACCAAGCAACCUGAUCACAGAGCUUCCGACUGAAAUUGGUUGCUUAAAAAACCUGCAAGAGCUCAAUGUGAGUUUUAAUCGCUUGAAGGCUGUCCCUCCAGAACUGGGAGACUGUGAGAACCUGCAAAGACUUGAUUUGUCUGGAAAUCUAGAACUGGCAGAGCUCCCGUUUGAACUAAGUAACUUGAAAAAAGUGACCUUUGUCGAUGUGUCAGCAAACAGUUUCCCCUCAAUUCCAAUAUGUGUGCUGCGGAUGUCAAGUUUGCAGUGGUUGGAUAUGAGCAGCAACAACCUCAAAGAUCUCCCACAAGACAUAGACAGGCUGGAAGAAUUACAAACUCUUCUCCUGCAGAAAAACGAGCUUACUUAUCUUCCACAAGCUUUGGUCAACAUGUCGAAGCUCACUUUACUGGCAGUGAGUGGUGAUAAGUUGGUUAAGAUGCCCACAGCUAUAUGUGAGUCAACCACAGGUUUAAAAUUUAUAAGCCUCAAGGAUAACCCUCUUGAAACAACCUCAUUUCAAGAGAUUGACGAAAUAACAGAAAGUGACCGUGAUCGUGAGCUGUUUGAAAAAGAAUUUAUGAAAGCCUACAUUACAGACCUCAGAGAAAGAGAGACUGUUCCUUGCUACACUACAAAAGUAUCACUUAGUGUCCAAAUAUGAGGUCUGGGAUUCAUACAUCAUCAGAGAACCCAAAGGUUUAAUUUUGCCACAACAAAUGGGAAAAACAUCUUUAGUGUUAAGUGCCAAUAUAAGCUAAGAAGAAGAAGAAGAAGAAGAAGAAGAAGAAGAAGAAGAAGAAGAAGAAGAAGAAGAAGAAGAAGAAGAAAUCAGUGUAUAUGGGAUUUUUGUUGCAUUAGCUUCAAAUGACCAGGCUAUGAUGUGAUAGUUGUAUUCACCAUGUGACUCUGUCUACCAUUACAAAAUGUUUCUUAUGUGAAAAUAGUUGAUUCUUUAAAAUGUGUGAGACACUGUAAUUUUUUUUAGACCAAAAACAGGCAUCUGAAUUAAGAUCUUCCCUUCUGUACUGACCAUUUCUGUGUAUGUGUCCGGUCUACUACAGCACUGUAAGAAUCAAUGCCUAAUUAAAGCUGUUUUCCAGGCAGAGGGUUUUCUCUGCAAAUGCCAGGUGUCCAGGACUAGUGUAUCUGACACUUACAGCUCACAAGAGGACUAUGCCAAUCCCCCAGCUGGGGGGGUUCAGCACACCAUCACUAUCAAAUCAGUGACUGUGGUGCUCAGUUGAUACCAUUUCCUAGAAGUACCUUCUCCCACUUCCUAUUUAGUGGGACAGUCACCAGGGAAAGCUUCUGUCUGAACAGAGCCUUGGCUAAUGGCAAUUUCCCUGUAAUUGUAUCCUCAGAGAAAAGGUGAUUGCUUGCAGUUAACGUGUUUACUCUGCUGUUCAGAACUGUCUUUUCCCGAUGCUGCUUCACAGCUGAAAUUACUGUCAGAAAUAUAAAGACUGCAGUGCAGAAUUCUGCACGGAUAUGCCAGAUGUGUGCACAGUUCUGGGGUGUCGUCCCCCCCCGAGUCUUCUCACAGCAGCUUCAAACCUUUCUGAAUGCAGGAGGGUUUAAGAAAGCAAUUUGCAGUUGAGCAUGGCUCUGGCAAAAGUAAAUUAGAACAGAGUAAACAAAGAAACAGGGCCUUUUUGCUGUGAUUGUUGGAGCAAGAGUUUGCCUCAUCCAGUGCAGCUUCCUAAACAUCCCUGGGUGGCUUGGGAUAUAGAGCACAAACAGGAACUGCCAUUUGGGAAUGUGUUUGAUUGUAUUUUCAAAAUCUUGAUUAAGAGCAAUAGCUAAGUAUGCCAACUGAGUAGGAAAAACUAGCCUGGCCUGUUCUUGUGUAUUUCACAGCAACUUGAUAUGCAGAAUUCAGCUGGUAAUGAUUUUUUUCUUGCUGCAAACAGCUUCAGCACUUGCCAAUAACAGGUGUAUAUUAAGCUACUGUUGAAGACAUAGUUAUAGCUGCCAAUUGAAAAGUUGGCAACCCAAAUUAUGACACAGCGGCAGUUCGUCUGACAAGUAGCUUAUUACAGUUUGAGAGAUUUGUUAGAACUAUAAGAGAAGAAAGAGCUCAGGAAACACGUUCCAGCUUUUAAAAAGCUAGAGUAAUGUUUUAAAACUAGGCACUUUUCAUUAGUAUUGUUAAUUCUGAAAUGGCAGUAUUUUUCUGUUAUAAAAAUAUUUUUAUUUUGUUUCAGUGUCACAGCCGUAAGUUCACUUUCUCUUAUGACGGUUUAGUUGUUUUGUAGUCUGUCGUAACUUUUUUUGUAUGUGUACAGUAGACUUUCAAAAUGAUUUUGUUUUGCAUAGUUAUUUUUUUCAUUCGUUCAAUAAACCAUACUGAUAACCUG